CAUGUUACAUCAGGUCAGUCAUCGUACAGGUGCUUCACAGGGAUGAUCUGAGUCACAAAACAAUCGAAGGGAAAAUGAUGUCUAAAGUUUGGUUUCUUCUGAUUUUCGUCAUACAUAUUUGGAACUUUGAAACCUCAGAUUCCGCCCUGAUAAAACGAUGUCCGUCCCACAGCACGGGGUUAUUCCAGAUGACACCAAACACGUGGUCUACCGCACAGCCCCUAGGAACCACCACCGGACGGAAACUUGUCCACUGUUUGGGAUUCUGCUUGCUCAACGACGGCUGUCUCUCUGUGAGCUAUUUUCCCUCAAGGAAGGAGUGCGUCCUUUACUCCGUCCUUCCUGGCGCGGAUAUGAUCGAGGAGCGCCAAGGAUGGAAUCUGUAUGUUCCCAAGUCUGAACAGCCGCCAUGCAGCCAGGAUGUAUUAAUGACUACUGCAAGUAAGAAGACCACAACAACCCCAGCACCAGUGGUGGCAAUGGAAGAACCACUGGUGGCAAUGGAAGAACCACUGGAAGCAGAAGAAGUGACAACCACAACAACCCCAGCACCAGUGGUGGCAAUGGAAGAACCACUGGUGGCAAUGGAAGCACCACUGGAAGCAGAAGAAGUGACGACCACAACAACCCCAGCACCAGUGGUUGCAAUGGAAGAACCACUGGUGGCAAUGGAAGAACCACUGGAGGCAGAAGAAGUAACGACCACAACAACCCCAGCACCAGUGGUGGCAAUGGAAGAACCACUGGUGGCAAUGGAAGAACCACUGGAAGCAGAAGAAGUGACAACCACAACAACCCCAGCACCAGUGGUGGCAAUGGAAGAACCACUGGUGGCAAUGGAAGAACCACUGGAGGCAGAAGAAGUGACGACCACAACAACCCCAGCACCAGUGGUGGCAAUGGAAGAACCACUGGUGGCAAUGGAAGAACCACUGGAGGCAGAAGAAGUGACGACCACAACAACCCCAGCACCAGUGGUGGCAAUGGAAGAACCACUGGUGGCAAUGGAAGAACCACUGGAGGCAGAAGAAGUGACGACCACAACAACCCCAGCACCAGUGGUGGCAAUGGAAGAACCACUGGUGGCAAUGGAAGAACCACUGGAGGCAGAAGAAGUGACGACCACAACAACCCCAGCACCAGUGGUGGCAAUGGAAGAACCACUGGUGGCAAUGGAAGAACCACUGGAGGCAGAAGAAGUGACGACCACAACAACCCCAGCACCAGUGGUGGCAAUGGAAGAACCACUGGUGGCAAUGGAAGAACCACUGGAGGCAGAAGAAGUGACGACCACAACAACCCCAGCACCAGUGGUGGCAAUGGAAGAACCACUGGUGGCAAUGGAAGAACCACUGGAGGCAGAAGAAGUGACGACCACAACAACCCAGGCACCAGUGGUUGCAAUGGAAGAACCACUGGUGGCAAUGGAAGAACCACUGGAGGCAGAAGAAGUGACGACCACAACAACCCCAGCACCAGUGGUGGCAAUGGAAGAACCACUGGUGGCAAUGGAAGAACCACUGGAGGCAGAAGAAGUGACGACCACAACAACCCAGGCACCAGUGGUUGCAAUGGAAGAACCACUGGUGGCAAUGGAAGAACCACUGGAGGCAGAAGAAGUGACAACCACAACAACCCCAGCACCAGUGUUGGCAAUGGGAGAACCACUGGUGGCAAUGGAAGAACCACUGGAGGCUGAAGAAGUGACAACCACAACAUCCCCAGCACCAGUGGUGGCAAUGGAAGAACCACUGGAGGCAGAAGAAGUGACGACCACAACAACCCCAGCACCAGUGGUGGCAAUGGAAGAACCACUUGUGGCAAUGGAAGAACCAGUGGUGGCAAUGGAAGAACCACUGGUGGCAGAAGAAGUGACGACCACCACAACCACAACCACAACCACAGCACGGAGAAAAGGCUGAAUGACUUUGAACAGACAUGAAUGGAAAUACAAGCAAUAUGGUAUACAUGCACUAUCACAAGUGGAAUUCUCUUUUGAUGUGGUCUG